AUGAAUUUUAAUGAGGAACAACAAGAAACGUCAAGCAACAAAGCGGUUGUUUACUUUAACAAGUAUAAAGCCAUGUAUCAGUUUUAUCUGGACCAAACUACUCCUCAUCUCAAAUAUAGAUGGUCUUUGUUAGUGGGAUUGCUUUUACUCUUCUUUUUGCGUAUAGUGACCAGUCAAGGAUGGUAUGUGGUAUGCUAUGGAUUGGGUAUUUAUUUACUCAACCAAUUCCUGGCAUUUUUAACUCCAAAGUUUGAUAUGUCCCUACAACAAGACUCUCAGAAUAAUGAAUUAGAAACUGGAGAGAUGUCUGACGAAUUCAAACCAUUUAUCAGAAGGUUACCUGAGUUCAAGUUCUGGCAUAAUGCUACUAGAGCUACUGGCAUUGCGUUGGUAUUAACUUUAUUCACCAUAUUUGAUAUUCCAGUUUUUUGGCCCAUCUUGUUAGUGUACUUCAUUGUGUUAUUUGCUUUGACGAUGAGAAGACAAAUUGACCACAUGAUUAAAUACAAGUAUAUCCCAUUAGACAUUGGAAAGAAGAAAUAUACCUCUCAUAAAUGA